AUGUGGGCGAAUAGCAGCGGUGCGACGCAACACAUCUGCCAUGACAAGAACAAGUUCAAACGCCCGGACGAGCGCAAUGAAGGCGAAGCGUUGGUCGCAGAUGAGAACAAGGAAAGGUCCCGCAAAACGGUGAAGAGCGCGAUAUCAAGAACGCGCUUUACGUCCCAAGAAUGA